AUGGAGUCGACGGCGGCAUAUGGGUAUAGUAAUUUUGACAACAACCAGCGUCUUCAAAAGUGUUUGAAAGGCGAUGCGCGCAAGACGGUGAAAUCGUUGCUGAUCCACCCUAACAAUGUCGGAUGCAUUACUGAACAGUUGAAGUUCAGGUUUGGGCGGCCAGAGCAACAGGUUCGUAGUCAGUUAGCGCAGGUUAAGGAAAAAGCGCCAAUUCCCGCGAACCUUUUGAGUAAGCUAAUACCGUUUGCGACCAAAGUAAACAACAUUUGUGCUUUCUUGCAGUCAGCUGGCGCCGAGCAUCAUAUCUCCAAUCCGAUGUUGCUUGAUGAACUUAUCGCGAAGUUAUCCAUGAGCAAACGCAUUGAGUGGGGCAGGUACUCGACUGCCCUGCAGAUGCGAGCUACUGCACUACAUUUCAGUGAUUGGCUUACAUCACUUGCCAACGUUAUGUGCACGGUUAACGAUGAAUGUCAACAUGCCGCUCGUGAGCCCAAACGUCGCAUGGUACUCCAUUUGGAUGAGACGAUUUCGAGAAAAUGCCCGUUAUGCCAGGGCCAGCACAAGCCAGCGGACUGCAAGCGCCUAAUUGAAGCAACGGUGAGCGAUCGACGGACCGAAGUUAAAUCGAGGCGAUUAUGUUCCGCCUGCCUGAAUGCGGGUCACAGUACCAGCAAUUGCAGAAGACGUAAGGUUUGUGGUAUCGAUGGGUGCAAUCGGUCACAUCACAGAUUGCUCCACGAGUCCCGAUCAGAGCGCCUGUCAGCUCCCUCCACGUCAUCGUCAGAAGCGCCGCCCGCUCUGCGUCAUCAAGGUCUACGUCGCCACCGAACAAUGCUCAUCACCAACCGCCUGGCGAUGAAGGCGCAACAGUACUAA